AUGGCAGAGGAUUCAUUAUCUCAUUCAUCAGAUCCCCGAUCUGAGUAUGGAGGUUCUACAACCCAAAACACUCAAAGCAACAAUCAGUCAGAUAGGGAGAAUUUUUCAGAUCUAAUCAUGAAAAAAUCCCCAUCACAUUGGUUCAGCAAAUAUCAAACUGCUUUAAACACAAUCGUUACACAAAUCGCUAGAUCUGAGGUCCCGAACAUCAGAUCUGGUGAAGAAAGCAAUAUUACAGUAUUGGACCCACCAACACCACGUAGGGGGGACAUCCAAUCUAGUCGUAACAUCGAAUUGCAAUUCAGACGUAGCAACCAUCAGAAAGUUAAAUCAAAACAAAUAAACAUGAUUCAAGGAGGUCCAUCACGAAGGACAAACAAACGAAGUCAUGACCAACAUUGGAGGGAACAGCAAGUCAUAUUUCCCGUCAUCCCAGGAGGCCCUCAGGAAGAACGACCAGUAAUCAUUACUGGUAUCUUCGGUCAUUACCAGACGGACUACAUGUUUAUAGAUCCGGGUAGCUCAAUGGAUAUUAUAUACGAGCAGUGCUUUAAACAACUCGAUCCGGAUGAUAAAGCACGUCUAGAACCGGUCGAUUUUCCCCUCACCGGAUUCUGCAAUGAAGCUGUAUUCCCAUUGGGGCAAAUAGCUUUUCCUGUGACUUUGUCGGACGGCGAACAUUCACAAACAGUUACAGUCAAUUUCAUGGUCAUGCCGGCAACAUCACGUCAUGAUGUUCUGCUCGGAAGAAGAUCACAAAGAGAGUUCAGUAUGAUCACAUCUAUCCCACACACAGCAUGUGGAUUCCCAACGGAAACCGGAGUUGCAGUUCUGUACUCAAGCAAAGAAGUCAUGUACGUGGACGACGGGCCACCAGCAAAGGUAGUCAAACCUUCAGCAUCAAAUGAGCCGGAGAAAUGGGUCCUGAACGAAGAAUACCCAGAGCAGACCAUCUCACUAGGUCACGCCAUUUCACCAGCAACACGAAGGCAACUGAAAGCAUUAUUGUCCAACAACAAAGAUAUAUUCGCUUGGUGCCCAGCAGACAUGACUGGGGUUCCACGCGAUAUAGCGCAACAUUGCCUCAAUAUUAAACCAUCAGCGGAACCUGUUACCCAGGCAAGGCGCAGCUUUAGUGAAGAAAAAGCGAAAGCCAUGGACGAGCAAGUGGUGGAGCUACUCAAUGCGGGAAUCUUGCGCGAAGUAAAGUACCAUACGUGGGUUGCCAAUCCAGUAAUGGUACAAAAACAUAAUGGCGGAUGGAGAAUGUGCGUCGACUUCAAAGACCUGAAUAAAGCAUGCCCAAGAGAUUGUUACGCACUUCCGGAGAUAGAUAAAAAAUUCGACUCUCUAGCAUCGUUCAGAUGGAAGUGUUUUCUCGACUGUUACAAAGGUUAUCAUCAGGUCCAGAUGAAAGAAGAAGACGAAGACAAAACUGCAUUCCGCACAGAUAAAGGCAUCUUCUGUUACACUAAAAUGCCUUUUGGCCUGCGCAAUGCUGGCGCAACUUAUCAACGAUUAAUGGACACAGUUUUCAAAGACGACAUAGGCAAAACAGUUGAAGUAUACAUGGAUGACCUUGUCAUCAUGAGCCAUGAGAAAGACUCAAUGCUCAACAACAUUCAGCCCCUAACAAUAGUCACAAGAGAGGGCUUCAAAGUAAACCCAGAAAAAGUACAGGCUAUCCAGCAAAUGCCCUCACCUGCAACAAUAAAAGAAAUGCAAAGACUCGCCGGACGUUUAGCAGCCUUGAACAGAUUCUUGGCUAAUCACGCGGCUAAAUCUUACCCAUUUAUCAGUACGCUGCAAAACUGCGGGAAGAAAACCCCCUUUCAAUGGACGCCUGAAGCAGAAGCAGCAUUCAAGCAAAUGAAAGAAUGUUUAAUUCAGCUACCAACGCUGAUUGCGCCAAAAGAAAGAGAGCCAUUGAUCUUAUACCUAUCAGCCGCGGAAGUAGCGGUAGGAGCAGUAUUGAUGGUAGAACGAGACAACGUUCAGACUCCAAUUUACUAUAUCAGCAAAAUGCUCACCGGCCCAGAAACUCGUUACUCAAUGAUAAAAAAAUUGGUUCUAGCACUAGUGCAUGCAUCUCGGCGCUUGCGCAGGUAUUUCUCAGGCCACGUCAUCACGGUUCUCACAAAUUAUCAUUUAGGCCAAAUCUUAUCAAAACCCGAUGUGGCGGGAAGAUUGGCUAAAUGGGCUAUCGAGCUGGGAGGAUACAAUCUCUUCUAUAAGCCAAGACCAGCAAUCAAAGGGAAAGUACUAGCAGACUUUGCUACUGAAGUGCCCAUCGAUAAAGUACAAGAAUGCGAGGCAAUCCAGAAUCCUACACCUGUUUUCGAUGACAGAGUCUGGACCUUGCACACAGAUGGCGCUUCCAACGAUGACGGAGCAGGAGCAGGCCUCCGAUUAGUCAGUCUGGACAAUCAUGAGCUCACAUAUGCCAUACGCUUAGAUUUCCAAAGUACCAACAAUGAGGCAGAAUACGAAGCAUUUUUAGCGGGACUUCGUUUAGCGCUCAAAAUGGGGGCAAGGAACCUCGAGGCCAAUGUUGAUUCGAAGCUUGUAGCCGAGCAAGUUAACGGUCAUUACGAUGCAAAAGGAGAAGCUAUGGCAUUAUACCUUGAACAAGCACGGAUGCUAAUCAGCCAAUUCCAGACAUUCAGGGUUAACCAUAUCAACAGAAGCGAAAAUAAGCACGCAGACGCACUUAGUAAAUUAGCCGCUACCAGCUUCAAACACCUAGCAAAAGAAGUGCGCAUAGAAGUAUUGUCUAACCCUUCAAUCCAUCUCAAGCAAGUGAACGUUAUAGAGGUCGGUAAUCCAUCCUGGAUGUCUCCGAUCAUCUUAUACCUACAACACGGGAAACUCCCGGAAGGAAAAGCAGAAGCGCGAAAACUCCAACACAAAGCGAUAAAUUACGAAAUGGCAGAUGGCAUCCUCUAUCGAAAGUCAUUCAUGGGACCAUUACUACGCUGUGUCGACAAAACAGAUGCUCAAUACCUGGUCAGAGAAAUCCAUGAAGGUUUAUGUGGAAUUCAUGCGGGACCACGCAUGGUCGUAGCAAAAAUAAUGAACGCCGGAUACUACUGGCCAGGAAUGCAUAUGGACGCAGUUGAUUUAUUAAGAAGAUGCGCAGCUUGUCAGCGCCAUGCACCAAAGACACUCCGACCAAAAAAUCCGCUAGUGCCUGUCACAUCCGCCUGGCCAUUCCAACAAUGGGGCAUCGAUCUCGUUGGCCCAUUCCCUGAUGCGCCAGGCGCAGUAAAAUUCAUCAUCGUAGCGGUCGAUUACUUCACUAAAUGGGUGGAAGCUAAAGCCUUGGCUUCAACCACAACAAUGGUCAUUCGCAAAUUUAUAUGGGAACAUAUCAUUUGCAGGUUCGGAUUACCAUUGCGCAUUAUCUCUGACAACGGCACAAACUUCGCCUCGGAUGAUCUUCAAAAAUGGUUCAAAGAAAUGAAGAUCGAGCAUCAUUUCGCCUCCGUCGCGUACCCACAAGCGAAUGGUCAAGUAGAAAGUAUAAACAAACAGAUUGUUGACGGCAUAAAAGCACGGCUAGGGACAGCACGCAGAGGGUGGGUUGACGAACUCCCCAGCAUCCUCUGGGCGCAUCGAACAAUGCCAAAGACUAGCACAGGCGAAACUCCGUUCAGUCUAGUCUAUGGGUCUGAAGCCGUCAUCCCAGCUGAGAUUGGCUUACCAUCACCACGCAUGUUAGCCAUGGAAAAACAAAAUAAUGAGCAAGAACGAAGAUUGGAUCUAGACCUCCUCAAAGAACGGCGCGAGAAUGCCGCUAUCACAGAGGCCAGGUACAAAUCCAAACUCGAAAAAUACUACAAUGCGCGCGUCCGCAUAUGCACAUUCGUUCAGGGUGAUUUCGUUUUACGCGAUAAUGAAGCAUCAAAUGCUGAAAAACCGGGCAAAUUAGCGCCACGAUGGGAAGGACCAUAUGUCAUAAAUGAAGUCCUAGGCAAAGGAGCGUAUACUCUCAAAAGAAUUGACGGGACUCUAGUCCCACGCACCUGGAACGCGCAGCAGCUGCGCAGGUGUUACAUGUAG